AUGAAGGGGCUCCUCUGCAUCUUCCUGGCUCUGGCCCUCGGCGGCCUGGUCCGGCCCCAGUCGGACUUCCAGCUGGAACAGCCAGGCCGCUGCAGCCCCGUCUUGUUCACGCAGUUCUCAGGGGGAUGGUACAGCAUCGGCUUGGCCUCGGAUGCUCCCUGGUUCCAGGAGAAGAAGGCCGUGAUGAAGAUGAGCACCGUGGUGGUGGCCCCCACCGGAGACGGGAAUCUGGAGGUCACCUACACCUACCCCAGGCAGGACCAGUGCGAGACCCGGAAGAGCUCUUUCCUCCGGACGGAGCAGCCCGGCCUCUUCAGCUACACCAGCCCACGAUCAGGAAGCGUCCACACCGUGCAGGUGCUGGACAUCAACCGCCAUGAGUACGCACUGCUGCUGGCCAAGACCGCCAAGGGCGCAGGGACUUCCACCAUGGUGACUCUGUACGGGAGGAGCCGGCAGCUGAGGCCUGAGCUGCAGGAGAAGUUCCGGCAGGCAGCCUUGGCGGAGGGUCUCGCCCCGGAGGACGUCCUGAUCCUGCCCCAGACAGAUCAGUGCAUGCCAGAGUCGGUGUAGGUCCCGCGCCGCAGCCCGGGUCGCAUCUCGAGAUGGAAGAAGGACGCUCGGCACCUUGGUCUGCCACCCUGAA